GAUCGUAAUGUAUGGCAACACUGUUCUACUGGUGUUAUUAUGAACAUUGAUUUGAUAAUUCAGUACUAUUCUUAGUAUAUUUACGUAAAUACUACGUUACAGUGCGAUUUUUUGUCGAUAACUAUCGAAAAAACGCUAAAAGUAAUAAAUAGAGAAAAAUCAAGAAGUAAUAAAAAUAAAUACCUGAAAAUUUUAAUCAAAACUGAAUUAGUAACAUCGAGAUGUUUAGCAAAAAAAUAAAGAAUAGUGUGAUGACGUUCGAAGAAAUUUGGAGCAUUGAGUUUGCUGUUUUCAAAUUAAUCGGAAUAUCAUUAAGCCAUGCUCUCGUCAGUGGAUAUUGUAAACCAAGUUUGUUAGAUUGGUUUAAAUUUAUUUCGGGAGUAUCCAUUUUAAACUUAUUUGUUUUUAUUUGUAUAAACACAUUGAAUGAUGUUAGGUUUGAUGAUAUUUAUCAUGCUGCUGAAGUUUUUUCGCUUAUUUUAUCAGUUUUACUAAGUAUAAUAAAGGCUUCAGCGCUAUGGAUCUGUCAAAGAAAUCUAUUAGAAAUUAUUAAAGAUUUCCACAAUCUUUGGAGCUAUUCUGAAACAAAAUUAACUUCAAAAAGUGACAUUAAUGGUUUUAUAAAAAGAUCUAAAAUAAUGAUAAAGUGUUAUUGUUAUGCAAUAGUUUCUCUUGGUUUUUCUUACGCUUUACGGCCGUAUUUUACAAUAUUGAUCCAUUAUGUGAAAAUAUUAUUCAAUGCAAGCAGUUACAUUAAUAAUUCGAUGACUAUUUUUCCAAUAAAAUAUCCAUUAGACUCCGACGCAAUGUAUAAAUAUAUUUUAUUGAUACUGUAUGAACAGUGGAUCGUAUACUAUGGGUUGAUAUUUUGGACAGCAUGUGAUAUUCUUUACAUUCAACUAAUCACCAAUCUUAGUAUAAAUCUGAUGGCAAUAAAAUUGAGUGAUUCUAUUUAUGGCUUGAAAUGGGAAGAUUACGACGUAAAACUAGUAAAAAUGUUGAUUAUGAUAAUGAUAAGAGCAAACAAACGGUUCAAAUUUUCUGCUUAUGGUGUGUUUGAUCUAAAUAGGCCGCAUAUGACUCAAUUUCCUAGGAAACUAAAAUACAAACAUUACUACUAUUGUCCGGUUAUUUCCCCAUGUCGUAUUUCGAUCGACCCUUCUUUGCAUAAGACUUAUCCACGGAAAAUGUUUAAGAGGAAAGUAAAAGAAAGUCAUGUCAAUGAAAUGUCUUUUAAAAAAAUUUGGACUCUAGAGAUAUUUUUUUUUAAUAGAAUAGGAAAAUCAUUACGUGAUGCAUUUAGUGAAGAGAAUUAUAAAGAAAAAUUAAUUGAAACUUUCUUUUUCUUCCUUGAUUUUUUUUUACACAGUUCAUUUAUUGUUAUUUCAUUAUAUACAUUGUUUGUUGUUGAGUGCGAUAUGCUUUUCCUUGCAGAAUUAAUUCCUCCAUUAUUCGGUGUGUCAAUAAUAGUAGUCAAGAGCGCAGCAUUGUGGCUUCAUAGACGCGAUUUAUUCACAGUUUUACGCGAUUUUUAUACACUAUGGAACUAUAAUAAAACAAAAACAGACUUACUCAAUAAAAUUAAUAAACUACUAACAACAUCUAAAAAAUUUCGUUAUUAUUAUAUGUCCACAAUCAUAAUGAGCACCGCGGCGUAUGCAUUGCGGCCUAUAAUCAUAGUCUCUACGUACUGGGCAAGCUUAUCAGAACAAUCAAAUAGCACAUUUGACUUUCCAAUUAUUGUUUAUCCACUGCAGUAUCCUUUUGAGUAUCAAACAAUCGCUCGGUACUCGUUAUUGAUAUUGUACGAAGAGUUGGUAAAUUACUCAGCUGCUUGUUGUUUGAUAUGUGAUGCUCUUUACAUCCAAUUAAUGACACAUAUCUCUAUUAACUUUCUGGUAAUUGAUUACUUUUUACAGCUAGUUGUUUUAGUUUUAGGAAUUACGGUUUUGGCUGAUGACUUUAAAAAUACAAGUCAAUGUAUUGACAAUGACGACAAUGAUAACAAACAGAUUAAAAAUAUGGUGAAAUUGGUUAAUAAACAUCGUCAUAUGUUAGUAAUAUGUAAAAAAAUUGAAUCUAUCUAUAAUCCUAUUGUGUUCUUUACGAUAAUAAUAAACGGACUGGAUCUAUGUUUCUGUGUCAUUGUUUUAGAUAAGGGAUUUUCAGACGGGAAUUGGGCUUUAGUAGCAAAGGGUUCCACCCUUACAGUCGCUAUUUUUGUACAGUUACUUAUAUACUGUAAUUUCUCACAUACAGCGUCAGAAAUGACUGCAAGUAUUGAAAACUCUAUUUAUGAUUCCGAGUGGGUCAAUAGUAGCGAGAAAUUGAAAAAAAUGAUUUUGAUGAUAAUGCAUGCAAGCAAAGGAUAUACGUUUACGGCGUACGGUGUUUUUGAUCUAAAUCGUGAGCAGUUAUCGGCGGUUAUCCAGACAACAAUGAGCUACUUCACCCUUUUGAGGAGUUUCACAUAAUUUUUAUAAUAUCCAAUUGGAAUGCUGUAACUAUCAAAGCCAUUGGAAUUGCAGUCUUAGAUUAUCUAAUUGUUGGAAUAUGGAAUUUAUCGUGAGAAAAAAUAUUUGUUCAUUGUUGAUUGACAAAUUAAUAUAUUUUAUAAUUACUAUCA